AAAAAAAAAAACCAAAGAUAAGAAAGAAGAAGAAAAUCUAUGAAAGCAGGGAGCACUUUGAGGGAGAGGGCCCUCGCUCCACUUGAAGCAGAAAGAGAAGUAAAGAUUGUGGUGGCCUCCCCCACACCACCCACUCCAUCAUGGAGAUGCAUCAGUCACUGAGAGGAAUUAAAAAGGUGGGAACCAAUCUGAGAACAGGAAGCAGUCCAAGGAGAAGAGAGCAAUGAACACAAGUCAUCUUCCUUUCUGCCACUAAACAACUCAACAUGGCAGAUUCCUAAUCAUCCUUCUCCCCCCACAGGAGACACUCAUCAUUGUCCUCAAACCUUCCCCUUUCAUCUCCUUAAAUCUCCUCUCCCCCCGUGGCUCACCUCGACCCACCAUCCUCCUCGCCAUGAGGCCUUCUCCUUACUCCGUCAACGGCUUCUUCUGUUCCCUUUCGGCCGGCCUAGAUGAGCUCGACCUUUCGUCGAACACCUUCAUGUCGCUGCAGUUUUUGCAGCGUGCCAUCGCUCUCCUCCGCUCGCUUCACUCCCAGCUCAUCGGCUUGGUGAAGAAGCUCCACCUGCCUGCCGGUGAGCGGUGGCUCGACGAGUACAUGGACGAAAGCUCCCGCCUUUGGGACGUCUGCCAUGUCAUCAAGCUUGGCGUCUCCGGCAUGGAGAGUUACAACUCCCGUGGAGCUGACAUGGUCUCCUCCCUCGAAGUCUGGCACAGGAAUCCCAAUCCCGACCUCGCUCUCCAGGCGCUGCGAGCCAUCACACUUUGUAGGCGAGAAGCAAUGAGACUGGAGGAGGAGAACAGGGUGUUGGCGGAGACUAAAUUGGAGCCGGACUCGCUUCGGUUGGAUGAUGAGAGGGCGUUCUCGGAGUCCAGGCUCUACGGAUUCAACGGCUUCAGAGGAGUCUUAUACGCGCUGAGGAACGUGAGCUCGUUCCUUCUCUUAAUCUUGAUAUGGGGAUCGGUCUAUUGCUGUCCCGAUCAGGGCAACCUCGACGGCUCCGCCUUCUACGCCGGAGGUUACGCCACUCCCCUGGCGAGACUGCAACAGAGGCUGCUGGGGGAGGUGGAGGAACUCGGUGGCGGUCCGGGAACAUUGAUGCACGAGUUCCGGGCCUCGCGGGCGGCGACGGAGGAGCUGAAGGAGGAACUGGAGAAGGCCGACGCAGAACCAGACGUCGCCGCAGGGAGGCUCAAGGAGAAGCUGGAAGGACUAAAAGACUGGUUUUUGACGUUAAGGAUCGGGACUGAGAACCUCAUCGGGCAGCUGGACGACUUGUUCGAUGAGAUUGUGGAGGGAAGGAAAAAGCUACUGGACAUCUGCAGCCACCACUGAGUUCAAGUGUUCGAUUACUACGGCAGCAACGGAGAGAAGUUUGAGGAAGAAGCCUCUUCUACCUUUUAGAUUUGUCUUCAUCAAUUAUUGUUUCUCUGAUGAAAGAAAAGUGUUCUAGUGAUAUACAAUUACAAAGAGCAACACUUCUUAGCAUCUCUGUAGUCUUUCCACGGAAACAGUGAGAAUAGAAUGUGAAAUCUCUGAUUAAAAAAAAAAAGAUAAAAUUUUUAAUACUGCAAAUGCAGGAAUCUUAUCGCA